AUGGCCACUGGAUCCAGGGAAAACAGAGGGAUGCUCCAUGGAGAGAUCAUCCAAAUUUCAGAGCCAAAGACAACGCCUCAACCAUCUAUUCAGCAGACAGAACCCUCCGAAGGCCAGCCCAAUUGGCCUGCUCGAAUUCAAGAAAGACCAAACACCGGAGGAAACAAAGGGCAAGGUGGUCAAGGCAACUGGUCAGGCGGACCCCAUGGUAACUGGUCCAGCGGAGGUCAGCCCAACUGGACAGGCAGACAACAGGAAGGGAAUUGGGGAUACAGACAUCAAGGCCACCAGUCAAGGAACUCCGGGAGACAACCGAACAAUCAGGUGGUGAGCUACAUUCCGCCGCAUCAAAGAGGGAACCAACAGCACCAAGGAAACCAACCAUACCAUCAGCCCCAGUAUCAAUCUGAUCAUUAUGGGCCGUCAGACUACCCUCAGCCCAGCCACGGUGGAGGAUCUUUAAAUCAGAGAUACAACAGGCAGGCGAAUGAAGGUCCAGGAGAGGCUAUAGUUCCGCACCAUCAGAAUGAUGCAAUGCGUGAAAUCCAGGAGGCGCAAAAAGAGCAAAGGGCAGCUCUGGAUAUGCUUACAAAGCAACUCUCUCAAGUUGCCAUGUCACUGGGGGAGCUGAGAGGGAAUGAAGGAAAGAUCCCAGCCACGGUGCAGCCCACUGGGCGGGAGAACAUCAGCGUAGUCUCCCUGAGGUCAGGGAAGGUGUAUCAAAGCCCCACUCCACCUGCAAGUUCCCCAGUAUCUACAUCUGGACAGGGCCGCGAAGAAGAAGCAGAGUCCAACUUCUAUGAUCAAGCCGCUGGAGGAAGAGAUAAGGGAAAAGGGAAGGUAUGCGGCGAGACCUUAGGAGGAGGUCAAGGCGAUGGAACUGGGAAGACCAAGCCCUACCCCUACCGCGGGAUGAUUACAAGGAAGAGGGAUGCAACGAUUGAUGUGGCCAGCUUAUUCAAGGACGUGGAAGUCAAAGUGCCACUCCUAACGUCGUUGAAGAUGCCCCCUAUCAGCAAAUUUGUUAAAGACUACCUGGCGGGAAAGGUCAAUGAAGAAGGAAGAAUAAUUACAGAGGAGAAUGUCUCUGCAGUGAUCCAGCGGAGUGACCUCCCAUCAAAGAAGACCGACCCAUGGAUGUUCACACUCCCAAUCUCGAUUGGAGGCAUUCAAGUGGAGCAUGCAAUGUGCGAUCUCGGGGCGUCUAUCAAUGUAUUGUCAUAUUCCAUAUACAAGAAGCUGGGAGAGGCUAAGCUCGUCGACACCGACGUCAUGAUACAGCUAGCCGACAGGUCUUGCAUUCACCCCGAGGGAAUUCUCGAAGAUGUGAUAGUUAAGGUGAACAAUUUCCUGUACCCAGCUGACUUCUUCGUCAUCAAAAUGACAGAGCCAGCAGCGAAGGAGUCUAGUAGAGUCUUAUUGGGAAAGCCGUUCAUGUCCACAGCCAGCACUAUAAUUGACGUCUGCAAUGAGAAGAUCAGUUUGGACUUCAAAGGAGAGCAAUUCGCUUUCAACAUUGAUGAAGCAAUGAAAAGGCCGACGGACAGUGAAAAGGUGUACUCGGUGGACGUGACCGAGCCUCUAGUGCAAGAGUAUCUCGAAGAGGAGUUCCUACAGAGGCAAUUCACCGACUCCGCAGCAGACGAAGAGGUUGAGAUGGAAAUUGCUGACUGGUACGAGGCUAUGAAAGUUGGUGAGAUAGAUGAUCAAGCCAUCGCGAAAGUGGUGAUGGAUUUGUGCGAGCAACCGCGGCCAGCUGGGUCAAGCGGGAUCGCUCAAUUGUCAAGCCUCGAGAAGCUGCCUACUUAA